AUGCAAUUUUCAGACUCACGGAAGAGUAUUGCUCUGGACGUAGAACAAGACGACAAUAUCUAUCACGUCAAGAACAAAAUUCAAGAGAAGGAAGGUAUUAAAGCUCAACACCAAAUGCUCAUCUACUCUGGAAAACAACUUCAAGACGAACGAACUUUGAACGACUACAAUAUUCUUAAAGACUCCACUCUCCAUCUUGUUCUUAGAAUUCAAGGUGGAUGUCGUUUGAAGGAGAAGACAUUCAAAAAGUACAAGACCCUCGAUCAGAGGUAUGAAACAAUCGGAAGGAUUGGAGAAGGUGCCUAUGGAAUUGUAAGAGUAGCUAGAGAACUUUCAUCAUCACAUCGGGUAGCCGUUAAAAGCUUUAAACUGAAAUUGACUCGAGAGUCGGAAGGAAUUCCCUUCUCUAUAUGUAGAGAAAUUAAUUUGUUGAAAGAGCUUGAUCAUCAAAAUAUUUUGAAAGUGAAAGACAUUGUACUAGAUAAGAGUGAUGGCUCGUUCUAUAUGGUAACUCCCUAUUGUAAAUUAGACUUGGAGAAAAUGUUAAAUUAUCAUAAAAAACAAAUUCCGUUGGAUGCCAAUCAAACAAGAAGAUUACCUCCGAAAUUGGACAGAAAUGUCAUUAAAUCAAUGCUCUAUCAAAUGUUGUGUGGACUCAAUUAUUUACAUCGAGCAUGGGUUAUUCAUAGAGAUUUGAAGCCAGCCAAUAUUUUGAUUCAUGAUGAAGGCAAUGAACGAGGAGUGAUCAAGGUUGCAGAUUUUGGAUUGGCACGAAUAUUUAAAGAUCCAUUAAGGAAACUGAGCGAUGAUGGUCCUGUAGUAACAAUUUGGUAUCGAGCGCCUGAGCUAUUACUAGGUGCAAAACAUUAUACUCCUGCUGUAGAUAUAUGGAGCCUUGGCUGUAUUUUUAAUGAGCUCGUGACAACAAAACCAAUCUUUGAAGGACGAGAAAGUAAAGAAGCAUUUCAAAGAGAUCAAUUGGAAACAAUAUUCAAAAUUUUAGGAACUCCAAGUGAGGACGAUUGGCCUGACAUGAAGGAUUUGGAAUUUUACAAGCUCAUGACACAAAUUCCUUACUAUCCUCCAAGCUUGGAACAACAUACUGAGCUUGCAAGCGAUUCUCUUGAAAUAGAUCUUUUAAAACGAAUGCUUUGUUAUGAUCCUACCAAAAGAAUUACUGCUGCUGAGGCCUUGAAACAUCCUUUAUUUGAUCAAAAACCUGUAUCAUACAUGUAUUGCUUUGGGAGUGACAAACGCUUGAAUUACAUUUAUCCAGAUCAACCCAUCUAUUCUGAAAACGUAGCUCAACGACCACCAAACGCAGUUGCACAACAACCUCUUCCUCCUCAACAACAACAACCACUAGCCAAUGUACAAACAAUGCAACAAGGAAGCAAUACCACGUCAAGCACCACUCAUCAAAAACCACACCAUCACCACCGCCAUCAUCAAGCACCUUCUCAACAACAAACGCAGCAACCAGCAACUGAGCAACGUGUGAAACAUAAUGGUGGAGAAUCUAAGCAACAACCAACAGAGAAAAAAAGGAAAAAGUCAACCAAAGAAACAAACACUAAGAAAAAAACUAAGAUGUAA